AUGAAAUCCCUCCUCGAAGCCGGUGUUCAUUUCGGACACCAGACUCGCCGCUGGAACCCCCGCAUGAAGCGGUACAUCUUCACCCAGCGUAACGGGAUUCACAUCAUCGACCUGCAGCAAACCCUCGGUCUGAUGAACGAGGCCUACCGGGCCAUGAUACAGGUAGCGGCAAAUGGUGGAAACAUCCUCUUCGUGGGCACCAAGAAGCAGGCCCAGGAAGUUAUGAUGAGCGAGGCUGAACGCUGCGGAAUGUGGUACAUCAACCAGCGCUGGCUUGGCGGCACCCUCACCAACUUCCAGACCAUCCGCACUCGCAUCAACUACAUGAUCGAGUUGCAGCAGAAGCGCGACCAGGGUUAUUUCCGUGUCCUCCCCAAGAAGGAAGGCUUGAAGCUGGAAGAGACCCUGGCCAAGCUGGAAAAGUACUUCCCUCGGCAUUCGCAACAUGACCACUCUGCCCCAGGCAAUGUUCAUCAUUGA